UGUGUACGUACAACAGCCCCCAGUCAUCUCCGUCUCUCUAGAUGAUCUUUGAACUUAAUUAAUUAAGCACAAUGAUCUCAAUUGUUGGUUGUAUAUUUUUUUAUUAUUUUUUUUUUCCUGAAUUGAUUUUGAUUAAACUACACAUGUCUCUGACGACGACGACUACGACGACGAUGAAGUCGAAACAUGCAUCCAUCCUACUUGUCUUCACCCUCUAAAAGGCAUCAUAUAAAAACUCAUUCAAUAUGUGUAUAGAAGUAUUUUAUUUUUUUCGUGUUCGUUAAAAAUCUUCAUUCUGAACAUUUUCCAAACGAAGUCCAGAGCUCCAAGACAUAAGAUUAGUCAGAUUAAGUAUCCGUCCCAGUGUAGUUGAUAAUAGAAACAAAUUUUUAAGUAAUAAAAAAUCACUUUAAAAGUGAACAAACUGAUACCAACAAAAAUUAUAACUUCCUUUCCUAAAAUCGAUCGUGUCUCUUAUCGUUGUUUGAUUUUGAAAGAAGACAAAUAAAUAAACACACACCUUUGUUAUCAACGAAGAACUUUGUAUGCGUGCGUGUAUCAGUGCAAGAAAUAUAACCUCUUUUAAGAAUAUAAUACAAAAAUUCCCAACAUAAUUCGCGUAAAUAUAUACAGUUAUGAUAAUAUCACAAACACGAUUUCAAAAUGACUCAUUCAUUCUGGAAUGUGAGUCGCUCUGCUGUUCUUGAUUUAUGUACAUAAAAAUAACCAACAACAAAAGCUAUACAAAAAAGAUACACCAAUACAAUAAAACAAAAUUUUUAACACAAAAUUUCCAUAAAUGAAAAAACAACAAUCAUGCCAAAAGGAAGUAGCUCCGAGAAUGUUCAUUUCGAUUUCAGAGGAACUUCAACCUCAAACUCAACCAUAAACAGUCUUGGUAGUGCGAGUGCCGGUCACAAUUUAAAUCUGAACACCAUCACCACCACCAACACCGACUGCAUCGGAAGUGCGAAAAACGGCCAUUGUAACAAUUUCAACGAUCUUCAUGAAUAUUCAAAUGUUCAAUUCGGUUCUAGCAAGACGUUAAUAUUUUCAAAGUUCUUCAAUACUUCUAAGACCGACGAUAAUAGUCCAGCUUACGAAAAUCUAUGCUCCGGGUGUGGCUAUGGAGUAUUCGAAGCACGCGGUGAAUUGUGCAAUUUCUGUCAAUACGUACUAAACGGGUGUCCGACUGUGUCGGCCGAAGAUAACACCAAUAAUAUUUAUGAGAAUAUAUGUGAUAAGUGCUCUCAAUUGUACAGCGGUGACGAGUGUUUAUUUUGUUUAGAAACUUCUAACAAACACAUUAAGGAGAAUAAUAUCGAUAACAAUGUUAAAUUGAGUUCAAAGAAAAAGUUGAAAAAACGUUUGAUUCACAGUCUUCUCGGAUCGUUGAAGAGAGUCAAGUCGUUUAACGCUGCUACAACAACGUCGUCGUCUCAAGUAGUGAAUAUAAAAUCUCCUAAUCGGAAAUUACAAAUUGUACACAAUGUCGACGGUUUUGAGAAUGUUUUUUCUACAAAUGAAACCUUCGAUUUGAAUCGUAUUUGUGAGUUAAAACAAAAACAACAACAACAACAUAAUAAUAAAAUCAAAGCUAGUACAAGUGAUCAUCAUAUUUAUGGGAAACUGCGCAAAAGCGACGAAGAUGAUCAUUUGCAUCGAACACAUUACGAAUGUAUAAAACAAAAAUCACAAUCUGACGAUUAUCUAAUCAGUGGAACCACCGUCAGUAUUGUCGGCAGAUGUGAUGAUCCGUUGUAUUGUAGCACCUCUAUCAAUAGUCACGAUUCAUUGUUGUUUUUAGAUGAUAACAAUACAACUCGUAAUAACUCAUUGUCAUAUUUACAUACCAUACGGAAUAGUGUUAGUGAAUGGAUGACGUCAUUGAGGUGUGAAACCCACGAUUAUUAUAGUUUUGGGGCGCCAGAUACGGUGCUUAGUAAUCCGAAAAGUAUUCCUGGGAAUUUCUCAGAAUUUAAUGCUUCAUCGUUUGUAUUUUAUCCUAGGCACGUAGAAUCUUACGAUCAAAUGCAAAGGCAUACGAAACAGAUUUUAGCACAAGCUAAAUCUGAAACGAGCUCAUUUUCUGAUGAAAUCAGUCAGGUAGAAUUUGCACAGCAAAUGGUUAAUGAAUUUAAACGGAAUCUCAUGGAGAAACCAGGGCCACACAGUGUAGCUUAUAAAGAGCAUAUGAAAACAAAACGUCAGGGGAUCCACCUGAAACUCGACGUCGUUGUCGACGAUCAUAUUGAAAACAAACAACAACGAGCACAAACUAAUUAUCAGCAGCGUGUUGUUGUAGACGAGAACGUCGACGACGACGAUGACGGCGACGGUGGUGGUGUAGUUUGGAUGGUGGGAGAUCAUCAACAGCGGCGGCGGAACGAUAGUAAUUGUUUAUUGCAGCAGUCUUCUGCGCAGGCUCAAGUCGUAGCUCUGGCUGCAGGUCUGAACGGAAAUCGACGUAAGCCAGAGCAUCAGUUGAACAAAAGGUGCUGUAUCUACGAGAAAGAUUCGGAUUUUGUUAGUGAUAUUUUGCAGGUUUUUGAUUCAAUUCUUCUCCGUGAAUCAGAUAAUAAUAAUAUUUCUCCACCAUCACCGUCACCAUCAUCGUCUUCAUCGUCAUCGUCGUUGUCUACAUUUGUCGAAUUUAGAAAUUGUGAAAAUAGUCAAGUGGUUAAUGAAGUUUUGUUAGAUAUUCUACCACAAUCUUCAACAAGUGAUUCAAAAAGUUAUCAAGUAAUUUCGACGCUCCCACAGAACCUAAACCUAAAUCUAGAUCAAAUUGCCUUUGACUUACUGCUCUCGAAAAGUCUCAAUAAAAUCGUUAUAAACUAUGAAAUUCCCUUGAAAUUAUUUUUAAGUGGUGUUGAUAAAUCAUCUCAUCUCUGUCAUCUUUCAUAUCCCAAAUUGAAAAAGAUAUUCCAACGUUUUCAAGUGUUUUUGUCUAAAAAUCAUCAGAAAAAUGUACAACUUGUUUGUGUGAAAAAGAAAGUGUCAAGUGAUUGUUGUAUGGAAGCAAGGUCAUUAGAAAUAAAUAAACAAGAACUUCUAGCCAUCGAAUAUAAAUCCCAUUCUUCCAGUUUUGAAGAGAAGAAAUUUGAAGUGCCUCACCCAAAAUUACCAGCAGGUGUUGAUUCAAUCGAAACAAUGACAGUACCUAAUGGAACUUUGAAUACAAAGGCCGAUCAUGAUGAAGAUGAAAAAGAAGAAGAGCCAAUCUACCAACCUAUAUGGAAGUUCAAAACCUUAGGCGAAGUGGCUGAAGAGACUGACAUCACAGAUGUAUACUACGACGGCGAUCACCACUUGCCACGAAGAUGUGACUCAUCUAGUUCUCUAGUUGGAGUCGCAGCAGAUAUUGAAGAUCACGAUGAAUGGGAGCCCGAUGACGAAUUUACAUUCACAACCAAGUUGGAUAUGAGGGCUUGUGGUGGGAAUAGGGAUGCGGACACGAUCAGUGUGAAUACAAUACAAUCGUCCAGUGGAAGUACCAUAACUGGAUAUGCUAGCAGUAUUAGUACGAUGACUUUGGCAUCGACAACGUCCAGUACUGGCGUUGGCGACGGUAGCGGAUGUAUUCCGAGCGUCACACAUCACAUAUUAAGGAACAUAUGCAUAUUCUAUAGCCUGAAAGAUCCAAAGAUACGUGCGGUUCUAUAUGAAUACGAUCGGAAUCGAUGUUCGAGCUAUUUUGCGCAGCAGAUGCCACCACAACCGCCACCAUUACCCGCGUCGUUGUUGUCGCUUUCAUCAUCAUCAUCAUCAUCGUUGUUGUCCAUUAAAAAGACAGGGCGAGGCGGUGCGAAUGGUUCUACACCGCCAACAACAAGUGCGGCGGACUAUUACGAUACUACGACGAGGCGAUCACCCUGCUUCGAUGGAAAUAAAUUUGCAAAAAAAUCAUCGAGUGAAAGUGGGAGCCCAAUACUGCCAGAUUCAGUUCAAGCGUGGAAAUAUUUGCUGUUGGAUGUAAAUUAUCUCGAGGAUGAAGAAGACAUGAUCGUUUCAGAAAGUCAAAUACUAAAAGCUCAAACAGUUCAAGAAAUGGAUAGCACUCCGCCCCGUGUAGGGGUUCUUCAAAGAUUCAAAAGUAUUUCUAGUUCAAGUUUACUUGAUAUGCCAGCUGAAGAAGAUAAGAAGUCAAUUACCGAAAGAGUGAGAAAUAAAUUGCAACGAGGAGUAUUCAAAUUACAUCCAAGAUCCCCAAAAGAAGGCAAAAAAAGUCGAAAUUUAUUUAGACGCAACGAAGCAACUAGUCUUUACUUAGAAGAUGGAAUGAAACCAAAGUAUCCUAUUUUCAAAGCUCCAUUAGAAUUUUUAGAAAUGAAUGAAACCUCAUAUCCCGAUGUACCACGUUUUGUUGUCGAUUGCAUCGAAUAUAUUGAACAAAAAGACUGCAUCCAAGUGGAUGGUUUAUAUAGAGCCUCUGGCAAUAAGGUUGCCAUAGAUGAACUUAAACAAAAACUUACCGAAAGUUAUAUCUACGAUCCGAAACUAUUAGUUACCGAUGAUAUUCAUACAUUGACCAGUCUAUUGAAAAUGUUCUUCAGAGAAUUGGGCUCGCCACUAAUACCACAUAAUACUUAUAAAAGUUUUGCACCAACAAAAAACUUAAUGGAGCCAUCAGCUAUUGAGGAUAUGAAAAUAGCUCUUCAAACAAUGAAAAAUCCCAAUCGAGAAACUUUGAAAUUUCUUAUAAAACAUCUUACAACGGUUGCCCACUAUAGCAGUGAAAAUCGUAUGCCUGCAUCAAAUUUGGCCAUCGUUUGGGGUCCCUGCAUAUUGGCCGUUAAUCAAAUAGAGUUCGAUAUUGCCCGCAUGAAUACAAUAGCAAAAGUACUCAUUGAAAAUUACGAUCAGAUAUUUGGAGACAAUGAACGAUUAGUCAGUUAAUUUUAUUAAAAAAAAAAAACAUUCCUACUUACAAAAAAAAAAAAAUAAAAAAAAAACAGUUUAGAGCUUACUAAAGAAACCAAAAAUUAUAGAACUAACUUAAGAGUUAAAAUAAUAAUAAAAAUUAUUUAAGCUAUGUAUGUAUAUUUUUUUAAGAACUAGAAUAGUUGACUAAGCAUUUAUGUAUAAUUAAAAAUAGGAUCGUUUGUGUAAAUGAUACCUAAUUAAAU